CAGACGGAGCGGCCAACAUGCAGGGCACCUACAAAGGGUUCUCUGCCUUGCUGUCAGAAGAAGCCCCCAACCAGAUACAUGUGUGGUGCUAUGCACAUGUGCUAAAUCUGGUUUUAGCAGACACGACAGGCAGUGUCAUUCAGAGCGCCACACUUUUUAACCUCCUUAAUGACAUUGCUGUUUUCAUCAGGGAAUCCUACAAGCUGAUGAGACACUGGGAGGAAACCAGCACGGACAGGCGUCACAGGAGACUGUCUCCCAUAGGCCAGACACGGUGGUGGGCAAAGGAUGCUGCUCUCACAAAGGUGUUUGGGUGUUUUGGGAAUCCUGACAGGGCCCUGUAUGCGGACGUGGUCUUGACACUACUGGCUGUGCAACAAGACCAGACCAUGAAGCCAACUGCUAGAGCCAAAGUGAAAGGCUACAUUGAGUGUCUUCUCAAAUAUGAGACAGUGCUGACAGCCCAGAUUUUUCUGCGGAUUUUUGAACAAACCUCACCACUCUCAAAAUAUCUGCAGACCAGUGGGAUGGACCUCCUGACUGCGCACCGCCUGGUGGUGGGAACAGAGGAUGGGCUUAAGAAGUGUGUGCGGGACUUCAGUGGUGUCAAGGAAGCUGCAGACCGGUUUGUGGAAUGGGCCAAUGGUGAGCUGCUGGACAAAGAAGAAAUUGAGGUGGAGGUUGCCCUUCCUGAGAAAAGACAGAAGAAAAAGGAAAGCAUGCCAGGAGAGCUGGCAGAAGAUGAGCCCUUAAAAGCGGCUGAGAGGGACUUUGAGGUGCAUGUGCACAAUGUCAUCAUGGACACAGUCACCCAAAGUAUCCAUGAGCGCUUUGCAGAGAGUGGAAAGCUUUGCUUAGAUUUUGCCUGUCUCGAUCCUAAAAACUUCCCUGAAGUAAGGGAUAAGGGACUUCCGCCAUCUGCAAUGCACCAUCUUAGCAGCUAUUUGAUGGCAUUUGAUGACCAGGCCACCACUGGUGCAUUAAAAACACAACUGGAAAGUUUAGCCACCCACUGGGAAAGAUUAAAGCUGUCUGCCCUUGAAGAGUACAAGGUACGAAGCUCAGAGGAAGAAGAAGAAUCACCAGGAGGCACAGAGGAAGGUGAAGGGAACGAGCGAGACGGUGUGGAAGUCCCAGAAUUGAGGAAUGUGAAGUGCAGAAUGUGCAAGAAUUGUGCCCUCUGUGUUUACAUCAUCUUGGGACAAUACAAUUUACUGACAGAUGCCUACCACACACUUUGUCUGGCCUACAAAUUUCUUUUAACUCUGUCCACUACUCAAGUGGCAUGCGAGAGAUGUUUUUCCACUCUCAAGUUUGUAAAGAACAGACUAAGAAGCACCACUGCCCAAGAGCACUUGGAAGCAUUCAUGCUCAUGGCCACAGAGAAGGGCAUCCUCAUGACCUUGGACAACGAAAAGGUCAUAGACAAGGUUGCAGAGAAGAGUGACCUUUUAAGACGACAGCUCAUGUUUUAAGGAAUGACCCUACUUUCUGCCCCAGAGACGACAGGACACCUCUUCUGUGGCCCAGGCAGGACCCUACUUUCUGCCCCAGAGACGACAGGACACCUCUUCUGUGGCCCAGGCAGGAGGACACUUAUUCCAUAUCUGUAUAUAUUUUAUUUAUCUGUAUAUAUGUAAAUAUUUAUCUCUGU